AUGGCCCCUGGAAUUGUGACGGAUGAAUCUAUCCCCGACACCCCCGGUGAUGUGCUGGAGGCAGUGGUCAACUACGCAAAGAAAGUCCCCAAGGCAGACGAGACAGGCUAUAUGAUACCCGACACUUAUCUUGGAGCCCGACGUCCCAUCAAGAUUCUGAUAAUUGGCUUUGGUGCCGCCGCCAUCAACAUUGUCCAUGCGAUCGGCCAACAGAAGGACAGCAACGUCGUGGUGCAAUGUUACGAGAAGAACGACGAAGUUGGGGCCAGCCGUCAAUUAUAUGUUUUCGUGGCACUCAAAGCCAGACUGGACCAGCUAGAGAUCCUGGGGUACUUCAAAGACAUUGUGGACAAGCAUCACAUGCAGGGCUUUGUUAAGCUGAGGCAUGCAGUGUCUGGCGCGUGGUGGAAUGAGGAGACCGGGAAAUGGAAAAUCAAGAUCAUCCCUAACGGGAACGAGAAAGCCGCUUUCUACGACGAAGGGGAAGUCCUCAUCAACGCGACCGGAGUCUUGAAUAAUUGGAAAUGGCCGGCUGUCCCUGGAGUGGAGAAAUUCAAGAAUAAAGUCCACAGUGCCGCCUGGGACGAUACGGUUGACUUGGACGACAAGGUCGUCGGCAUCAUUGGAAAUGGCUCGAGUGCCGUCCAGAUCAUUCCCGCAAUAUUUCCUCGCGUGAAGAAAAUGAUCUCCUACCAACGGUCAUCCACCUGGAUUACGGCGGGUUUUGCCCAGAAGUACGCUGGUGAAAACGGCGCCAACUUCAACUACACUGAAGAGCAAAAGGCCGAGUUCGCUGCCAAUCCAGCCAAGUAUCUCCAUUAUCGCAAGAUGGUGGAAGAAGAGCUCAACCAGCGAUUUAAAUUUAUCAUCAAUGGGUCGGCUGAGCAAGCAGAAGCACUUGCUUUUGCGAGACAAGAAAUGGCCAAAAAGCUCUCAGGAAGGAAAGACUUGAUUGAGAAGAUGGUUCCCACCAACUACGCAGUCGGCUGCAGGCGACCAACACCAGGCAACGGCUACCUGGAGUGCUUGACCAAUGACGAAAAAUGCGAGGUGACAUUCUCCCCGAUCCAGGAGAUUACCGAAGACAGCAUCAUCACGACCGAUGGAAAAGAACGCAAGAUCGACGUCCUUGUCUGUGCUACAGGGUUUGAUGUGUCCUUCCGACCCCGAUAUCCCAUUGUAGGUCAACGGGGGAUCGACUUACGAGAUGCCUGGAAAGACCAACCAUACACCUAUCUCAGUGCAACAGUCCCGGACUUCCCCAACUACUUCAUGAUCAAUGGACCGUUUGGGCCCUACGGUCACGGCUCCAUUCUCCCUGUGAUUGAAAUCAUUACACGGUAUCUCGAGAAAUUUGUGGAGAAGCUCCAGACAGAAGACGUGAAGUACUUUGCGCCAAAGAUGGAGGCGGUGGAAGAUUUCAGACGCCAUCGAGAGCUGUUCCUGAAGCGAACCGCGUGGAGUUCGCCCUGUCGGUCGUGGUUCAAGGGUGGCACGGUCGAUGGUCCCAUCAUGAUGUGGCCGGGAAGUCGAUUGCACUUCUUCGAGGCAAUGGCGAAACCGCGCUAUGAGGACUAUGAUUGGGCAUACAACAGUGUCAACAGGUUCUCGUACUUUGGCAAUGGCUUCUCGCAGAGAGAGAUGGAUGGGAAUGACAUUUCUUGGUAUAUCAACGGGGUCUAG